AGCUAAUCUCAAAACCCUGGGGGACAUUCCCUUGGUUACUUAAAGAGCUAGGUGAUGGAUCCUGAGUGCCACAAAGCAAGGAAUGAAGAGAUGCUGGGCCAUGAGUGCAGUCAUCCAUGGGGAUGCCUCCUGAAAUAUACACACACACAUAUGUACCCCCCCACCGAGCACGUCCGAAGCAGGUGUCUGGGACCAGCCGCCCUCUCUCUCACUGCCUCACAUUCAGGGUGCCACCAUGACCACUUGCAAUGCCACCGGCCGCCCAUCUUUCUUCAUUCUGCAAGGCAUCCCCGGGAUGGAAGACAAACACAGAUGGAUCUCGAUCCCCUUCUCCUCCCUUUACUUCAUCACCGUGCUGGGGAACUGCACCAUCCUCUUCACCAUCUCCGCAGAGCGCUCCCUGCACAAGCCCAUGUUCCUCCUCCUCUGCAUGCUGGCCCUCACGGACCUGGGCAUGUCCACGACCACCAUUCCCAAGGCGCUGUGCAUCUUCUGGUUUGGCCAGAGCAAGAUCAGCUAUGAAGGCUGUCUGGUCCAGUUGUUCUUCAUUCAUUCCAUUUCUGCCAUGCAGUCAGCUGUCCUGACCACCAUGGCCUUUGACCGCUACGUGGCCAUCUGCAAGCCCUUGCGCUACGCCACCAUCCUUUCCAAUAGCCGCAUUGGGCUCAUUGGCCUCGUGAGUUUGGUGAGAGCCAUCCUCUUUAUUCUCCCCAUGCCCAUCCUCCUCCAGCAUAAGCCCUUUCAUGCCAGUCGUGCCAUCCAAACCACCUAUUGCGAGCACAUGGCUGUAGUGAAGAUGGUAUGCGUGGACACCACAAUCAACCGCACGUACGGGCUGGUGGUGGCUUUUCUGGUUGUUGCGAUGGACAUCUCAGCUAUUGCUUCAUCUUAUGUGCUAAUCCUCCAGGCUAUAACACGCCUCUCUUCGAAGGAAGCCCACCACAAAGCCGUCAGCACCUGCACCACACACAUCUGUGUCAUGCUGAUCUCUUACACUCCCUCCCUUUUCUCUUUUCUUACUCACCGCUUUGGCCGAGCCAUUCCACCCCACGUCCACACGAUUCUUGGCAACCUCUACUUUCUUGUACCUCCCAUGCUCAAUCCCAUUAUUUAUGGAGUGAAGACAAAAGAAUUUCGGAACAAAGUGAUCAAAUAUGUUUCCUGGAUGAAGGCGCUGGUAACCAUUUCCCACGGUCAGAAACUUGCUUGAUGAUCCAGCAACUGUGACGAGGAAGAAGAUAAGUGUAUGCGGUUUGGGGGAAAUUUGUCUUGUGGUAGAAAUACAUCAUGCUGAUGGGUUAGGUACCAAAUAUUUUUUUGGACAGAGAAGCUAACACAUGAGAACUUCUUGGUCUCAGUAAUUCCGAGGCAAGGCAGUUAUCUUC